UGCUAUGUGUUUGUGCUCUGACCCAUCCGAAUUAUGCAUUCUUUGUUCUAAUUUAGGUCAUUUACAAUUAUGAUACAUUUAUCGUUAUUUUUAAUUAUUCGAUUUACAACUGAAUUAUAAAGUAAAAAAUUGCACUUCAAAUACGAAAAUGAAAAUGGAUGGCGAUCAAGGAAAGGAUACUCCUUGCAAACCAACUGAAAAUAUUAAUACUAAAUCUGCAAAGCCAUUAGGACUAAGUACAAGAAUUGCUCUUGAAAUAUUACAACGUGAUGUUAAAAGAGUUUUACAAGAAUAUGAAGAAGAGUACAAAAGAAAUAAAAAAUAUAAAGCUUGGCUAAAGGAUACAUUACAUCAUCGUAGUCAAUAUACAACUCUUUGUUGGACUUCAGCAAUUGCACUUUUGAUCAAUGCCAUUAUACUUGUUAUUGCAUUCUUCACAAUCAACGAUACAUGGUAUCCUACACUGCCUUAUGAAGGACUGACUGUUUGUUGUCUAGUGAUGUUAAAUUUUAUUUUAGUCGUAUCUGAUAAUAAAUUACGACAUGAAGAAAUUCCUUAUAGAGUACAAGGUCUCCUCGAUCAAUUAGAAGUGGCAAAAAAUACUUGCCAAUGGAAUCCAGAGAAUUAUCCACAUUUAUGCAGUCCACUAUCUCCUUGUUUAACUUUACAGUGGACUUAUCGCGAUGGUCGCAUAAUUAAUUUACCCUGGGCAUUGUUAGUUGCUAGUGAUAUAAUUGUCAUAAAACCUGGACAACAGGCACCUGGAUAUUGUGUCCCUUAUGAUGAUGCUGAUGCACCAGUAUUACAUGCAAGAGAAGUAUAUAGUCCUCAGGUUCACAGUGCUAAUGAAAUAUUUUCAACACCACAGGCACGAACGCCUUUAAAGAAUAAAAUUUACAAACUUCAAGAAACACCAUAUUUAAUGAAUCUCAGAAUGGCUCUCGAUCAAGCUUUAGACAGGCCAGUCACGUAUCACAAUCGCAAACGGCAUCUUUUAAUGAUAUGUUGCAUUGAACAAUUGGCUUAUCCAAUUCUUUUAAUUAUCGUUCUAGUUGCUAAUUUAUUUCGAUAUAUGUAUGUGUCAGAAUAUUUCGGUGUCGGUUAUUGGAAUGAAAUGUUCUUGCUACAACCGAUCGCUAUUAGUAUCCCUUUACUUCCGUUAGUAUUCCCGACUUGUUGGAUUUUUUUAAAUUGUUUCGGAAUGGCUCGUUUCAAAGCUCUAUUUAAGCUUUAUCAAUCUUCGAAGAAACUUCAGUUUGUGGAUCCUUUCGAAGAUGCGGAUAUUUCCGGACCUAGCCAUCCAGAAGUAGUGUACAAUUGGUUGGAAUUAAAAGAAUACUUUUUUGAUAUAUUGUUUGGUAAAGAGCAUAUGAUGUCAAGAUCCGCUAGUAUUCUACAUGUUUUAGGAUCAGUCACGGCACUGUGUUGCGUGGAUAAAAAAGGGAUCCUUUCGUGGCCUAAUCCAACUGCCGAGAAAGUAUUCUUUUUACGAAAUGCUAAUACUCUAUCCCCAUCUUCAAGUACUGGUAGUUUAGAUAGAAACUCGGAACCUCAGUAUCAGACACAAACUGACGAUUCCAAACAAGAUUCGAAUAAGACAUCUUAUGUGACUCAUGAUAUGUCCCAUUCAACAGCUGAAGUUUUGGAUCUUACUCAUGACCAUGCUUUACCAUUUCGUCUACAGUUCGAUGACCAUUCUUGGAGACAACAUUUGAACUCAUUAAAACCCCUAGGUUUAGCGAUUCUUCUCAACACAUGUAAUAUGGAUACGCAAGAGCACUACAUGCAGUUUUGUUGCCAUGUCACGUGUGAAGCUCUUUUUAACGAAAAUCUAGUACCAGUAACGAACAGACGGUGUUUAUGCGAGUUAGCCAAGCAGAUAGGUUUCCAAGAUCAGGCACAAAAUAUAUUUCAAUUGGAGCAACAAUUGUCCACGUUUAGGCAUGUUCAACCAGAAAUGGUUCGGCGAGAUAUCAAAUUUGCACGAUCUUUGAGUAUCGCGACGAAGUUAAAAUUUCCAUUUCCACACAUGGUAGCUGUGGUAGUUAGAGAACGCAGUGGUGGAGGUUUGCAAUUACUUACACAGGGUACAGCGGAUAUAAUAUUGGAUUCUUGCAUCGAAUUUUGGGACGGUCAUGAUCUCUGUCCAUUAUCAGCAUCGGAUAGGAAAAAAGUACAAGAUUUUUAUCAAAGAACGAGCUUAACAUCAUAUUGUACUGCAUUUGCGUAUAGGCCAUUAACACGUGGUAUUUGUGAUAAAAUGUCUAAAAUAUAUCUAGAACUUCCUGCAGAUAGCAAACAUUUAUAUGCACCUCAUAGAAGUCCUACUCCUCUACCUUGGGAUUUUAGAAAUGUUCUUGAUCCUAGAGUGAAAGGCAUACUUGGACAAUUUCACUCGACUGAUUCUUUAUUGUGCAAUGAGAACAAAGACGAUAUUGUAAAUGAUGUUGAUAGCUGUUUUGACAUUCAAUGUAAUCAAGUUUUUAUUGGUAUGGUCACUAUGCAGUAUCAAGCACAAACAGAUAUGGUACAAUUAAUUGAACAACUCGACAGAGCUUGUAUCCGAUUUGUUCACUUCAGCAAAGAAAACGAAUUAAGAUCACGCGUAUUCUCGGAAAAGAUGGGCCUUGAAAGCGGAUGGAAUUGUCACAUAUCGUUGCUCAGUGAAAGAGCUAGGUCCGAGAGUCUAGUGGGUUGGUGGGUGAGCCAGGCAGCAGCCAUGUCCUCACCCACUCCCUCGGCCCAAUCUCAUCAGCAUAAUUACUCCUGCAUGGAUGAGGCCAGCCACUUGCUUAAUCGUGUCUCUCCUCGUACCAAUUUGGAUAAUAGCCGUGCCAUGAGUAUGUCAGCACCAAGCGCUAUAAAUACCGAUUUCUCCACUGUGAAAUUCGAUGAUGAAACCACGGAAUGGAACGACACAGGAACAUCUCAAGUUAAAAGCGCUAUGAGCCACAGGGAACAGGACACAGUGAGAAGCGAAGAUAGCGUGCUUGUACAAAGUGUAGACCUGGGUUCCGGGCAAGAAGCAUGGCGAUCUUUGAGUUGUCUCACAGACAGCACGGAGCAAAGUGCUCCUGUAAAUUUUGACUUGUCGAACAGAGCAAAACUACCUCGAGGCAUCGAUAAGAUUCGACCACACAUAGAAUUAAUAGACAAUGUACCCCUUUUGGUAUCUCUAUUCACCGAUUGCAACACCGCUGUUACAAGGGAAAUGUUGCACAUUAUGCAAGAUUAUGGAGAAGUCGUAUGCGUACUUGGUUCCUCUGCUAACGCAGAAAAUAUGCCCAUCUUCAUGCAAGCAGAUGCAGGAGUGGCAGUAGAACCAUUGUAUCCACAAGUUUGUCAAAGAGUUCCUGUAUUGAUACCAACCAAAGACGAUCAAGGUCCAUCUCCAGUUGAUUUAAGCAGAGCAUUGAAUUCUGUUGCUUGCUCUUUAAGUGUGAAACGAGAAGAUCCAAUUGCAAUUUUUCACUUAAUCAUGGAGGCUCGGCAUUAUAUGAUGUGCCUCUGGAAUUGCGUGCAAUUCUGGCUCUGUUGUACAGUUACUCUCUCCUUUACACAAGCUAUGUCCGGUUUCCUGUUACUACCGCCCUUAUUUUCGGUCGAUCAAGUCUUAUGGUUGUGCUGCUUAAUCAUUCCAAUAUUAUCUAUAUCUAUGAUUGCUACACCAAUGGAUCCUACCAUAAUGCAACGUGCAACUGGUAAAAACCAAUGUACUGUAAAUGGCCAGGUUGCAUUGUUUGUUCUUUGGUGUUAUGGCAGUAAAUUUUUGCCGACAGUCAUAACGAUAGUUCUGUCGCAAUGUAUCUCGUUUUUAUCUUUGUGCCCUACUUACACACCAGAUUCUAAAUGCUUGUAUGUAUACCCAGAUACACAAGGAGAAGUUUCAUGGGGUGGUUGGGGUGACAAACCAAACAUUAUUUUAGUGAUACAACAUUUCGCUUUGUCGCUGUUAGUUUUACAUUUAGUAACGAUAUCCAUAAGCUUUGUACAUAGAGAAUAUUCUAUCUGGAAGAAACAACCCUUUAACAAUUACGUAUGGUUUUUCAGUGCAUUUAUAGCAUUAUGCGCACAAGCUGCAUUCUCAGGAACAGUGUUUUGUAAAUUCUGGAAAGACGAAGGGCAAAGUAUAAAAGAUUUUCCUUUACAUCUUCCCCUAUUUUUCUUAGUUUCAUUACCAUUAAUCUUUGCCAUUAACGAAUUGAUCAAAUGGCAGGAAAUCAAGGUAAAUGUGAGGUAUCAAAAAAGAGCACGAUUAGAAUUUGGUACAAAACUUGGUAUGAAUUCACCAUUUUAAAAAAAUUUUUCUUCUAAAUAAAAAGGACUAAAUAUAAAUAUAAAUAUAGCCAAAUAAAUAUAUGUAUAUGUAUAUGUAUAUAAGAGAACAAAAAUACUCAAGUUUCGCAUAAUACCAUUACUGUAUUAAGCUAUAUUUCAUGAAAAUCAUUGGAUAUUCUUAACUUAUGAAUUAUUUAUUUUAUAAAUGCAUUAAACGUUAUUCAAAUGAUGUAAUUUAAACUAUUAUAAUAAUGUUACGAUUUAAGGUAUAAAUUUAUUCAUAUGGACAUGGAUGUAUAAUGUUUAACAUUUACGAAAAAGUAUUAGAAAUCCUCUAUUUAAAAUGAAGUAUCGCUGGUGAUUUAGUAGCCUUGUGAGAUAAUUAAAAUUAAUAUUCUCGAAAACCGUAUAGGUUUGAAAUGUGUAUAAUUGUUUUCAUAAUUCGAUAUAAAUUGAUAUAGUAUUUAUAUUUUUGUAUAACAACAAACGAAUAUUUUAUAUGUUAGAAAUUAAUGUAUCAUGAUGCGACACUCGCUAUUGCAAAUGUAUUGUAUUUAAUUUAAAAUAUUUUAUAGAAAAAAUUUUAAUUCAAAUUAUUAUUUCCAA